GUGUGCCAUGACCUAGUUAAGACAAAGAUGGAUUCCAGGCAGAGGAAAAAAGGCUCAAAAUGUCACAGGGCAUCACAUCCAGCACAUUCUCUUCCUUCUUCUCAAUCCUUUAAAAGGAGAAAUCAUAGUUUUAUCAUAGUCCGUGAGAGAUGAGGAAAUCAAGUGUAAGAUCCCUUUUGGAACAAAGGAAACCCAUCUAGGCCAUUGAGUCCUGUUUAAGGAAAAUGGCUGCUCAGAGCGCUCGGCCCCCUCUCUCUGCUCUCUGUUGAAGGACUCCUGAGCCGCUCCUCUAAUAGCAGCCGGCUCCUCUGCCGCCGCGCGCUGAUUGGCUCGCGGAGCUGCUGCUGUUAACCAGCCAAUAACCCGAGCACAGCGAGGGAAAAACACGCACCGGGCAAUGUCAAACAAAACCCGCACACACUCCGCCGAAAAUAUUAAAAAAAAGAGCAUAAAUCCGCAUGUGGUUCGUAGAAAUUAUUUAAAAUAUUCUCCCAGUGGUUGUUGGAAGCGGCGAGCCGCGCGCGGCGGUUUGGCACUACUUUCUCUCCGUGGAUUGAGUGGCAGAGAUAAAGCCAAGCAAGCCGCCGCAUUCCGACAGUUAUAAAAUGAUACAAUGUUCCCUGAAUUCAUCCGCACGCCGGCCGAUGGUCGAGGUUAAAAUCCACAUGAGCCGUCGACAACCUGCUCAGAUUUCCAUUCCCGUUAAAUUAUUAUGCCUCCCAAACGUCUCGACUGGCGAGCGAACGCACGCCGAAUAAUAAACGCCAGCAGCCGAAUCGCUUUAUUGGCUUUUUUUAGUGGCAGUUAUAAGAAGAGAUUGCCCCCUGUGUCUGUCUUGUAUUUGCCGGUUAGGUAAACACGGUCGGCAGAUUCCACACAAAAAUAAUCUGAAGCCGUAGACACAACAAUCGGUUACCACGUCGAAAAUAAUAAAUAAAAUAAAAUCGGAGGUGUCUAUUUAUGUUGUUAGAAUAUUAAUUCGAGGUGACAAAAGCGUUAAAUCGACGGUCCAAAUUGACAGACAUUAGUAGCGAAAGUGCGGCUAGCAUCGGAGGUGGGCCAGCCUAGCGGUGUAUUGUGGGAGAGACAGCAGCUACAGAGCAGAGGCACACAAUAUGUGCUGGCUCUCGAAAAGGAGGCAGUAUUCUUCAAGCUAAAUCAUGUAAUGUAAGCGGCGCAAGGGAAGCGAUUUCGUGUUUUCAUCAAUUGGGGGAAGAAAAAGACCGCUCGAUCGGACGGAACCAUGUCCAAGCCCGUGGACAGGAGCAGAUUGAACGAAGACCAUGGCAGAAAGCUGAGUUCAAGUUUGGCGAACGGCAUGGACAGUCAUCCCGUCUGCGGCUCGGCGGAGAAGCGGAGCCACCACUGGAGAAGUUACAAGUUGAUCAUCGACCCGGCGCUGAAGAAGGGAUCACACAAACUGUACCGCUACGACGGGCAGACUUUCAGCAUGCCCGACCCCGGGAUACCUCCGGUGGACAUCGUCCGGGACCCAAGGAUCGGUCGUCUGUGGACAAAGUACAAAGAGACAGACCUCCCGGUGCCUAAGUUCAAGAUCGAUGAGUGCUACAUCGGCCCCGUGCCUCCGAAGGAGGUGACGUUCGCCCGGCUCAACGACAACAUCAGGGAAGGAUUUCUUACCGACAUGUGUAAAAAAUUCGGGGAGAUCGAGGAGGUGGAGAUCCUGUACAAUCCGAAAAACAAGAAGCACCUCGGAAUAGCCAAAGUCGUUUUCGAGACGGUGAAAGCCGCCAAGGUGGCCGUGCAGUCGCUUCACAACACGUCUGUUAUGGGAAACAUCAUCCACGUGGAGCUGGACCCGAAAGGUGAGAAUCGCCUGAGGUACUUCCAGCUCCUGAUGAAUGGCAGCUACACUCCACGGACCCUGCCUGUCGGUGGAGAGGAGUCCAGAGAACUUUCCCCACGCGCGUUGGCAGAAGCCUUACUGGCGUGCGAGCCCAUCCGCAGGCUGUCCGAAAGCAGCAUGUCCGCCGCGGGAGCGACGCUGCCGCCCAGCAGCUCCACGACCCCCCUGACGAUCGAGACGGGCUACUCCAGCCUCAGGCAGGACACGCCUCAGUCCCAGGGAACCCCUCACACCCCGCGCCAGGCGGGCACGCCCUUCUCUCAAGACUCCAACUACUCCAGCCGGCAGUCCACGCCCGCGUACCAGUCCGGCCGCGCCGAGAGCUCCGGCAGCUACAAGUCCCGCCGACACGAGAGCAAGUUCCAGGACGCGUACAACCGCCGGCCGGAGAGGCCUCAGUACCGCAGCAACAUGUACCGGAGCACGCCGUCUGAGCAGACUCCUUUCAAGCAGCACCAGCUCACCCCGCCCGAGCCGCCGCCUUCCACUACCUCCUUCACCUACACGGCGCCGCCGCCCGCCACGCCCAACUUCAAAUCCGCUUUCUCGCCUUACCAGGCCCCCCUGCCCCCCGCGUUCCCCCCCUCCGAGCCGGCGUUCCACCACCCGGCUCAAAGGGAGGGGGAGUACCUCCGGCCGCCGCAGCCGCCCCUGGCGGCGGCGACCGACUUCAUGCCCGUCAAGGACAGGCCGGAAACGCCUCCCAUCCCGGAGCCGCCGCCGGAGCCCCUGCCCCAUCCCAGCACGCCGCCGCCCCAGACGCCGGAGCGCUGCCCGUCGCCCGGCUCCCCGGCGCCCGACCCGGAGCGCAACAGCCUGGACUCCCGCAUCGAGAUGCUCCUCAAGGAGAAACGGACGAAGCUGCUGCCGUUCCUGGAGGAACGCGACUCGGACACCGAGGUGCGGAUGGAGGGAAGCCCCAUCUCCUCCUCGUCCUCCCAGCUGUCCCCCAUCCCCCCAUACACCGGCAGCUCCCAGGGCGGCCAGCACAACUCCCGUCCCUCCAGCACGGGCCUGGAGGACAUCAGCCCCACGCCUCUGCCGGACUCGGAAGACGAGGAGCCGAUCCCCGGGACUGCUUCCCUGGUGAAGAGAGCCGGCUCCCCUCUCCACGACAAGACGAGCAACAGCGACCUCAAAGACGGAGCGUUCCGAGCCCACACUCCCCCCGAUAAAAUGGACACGGGUCAUCAGUCGUCGGGGGAGGACAUGGAGAUCUCCGACGACGAGAUGCCCGGGACCCCCAUCGCCAGCGGCGAGUGCGGCAAGGGCAUCGUGGUGAACUCGGCGGUGUCGCCCAUGCAGACCAUGUCCAUGCACCCGUCGGGCUACCACCCCCUGCAGCACCAGGCCGGCUUCGCCAUCCCCCACCACCACCUGCCCCCCCACUCCGCCGUCCCGGGCCACCCGGCCCACCUGGCCGCCCACCCCGGAGUGCCUCACCACAUGCUGCCGCACAUGGGCCCGUACGCCCAGAGCGUGAUGCCGCUGGUGCAGAUGGAGCUGAUGAACUGCCUGCGCUGGGAGCAGUGGAGCACGGUGCCCAUGUCCUUCCAGAUGCAGCAGCAGAUGCUGAGCCGCAUGGCCCAGACCCGAGGCCCCUACCCCUACCCGCACUUCAUGGACGGCGCGGCGGGGCCCUUCGGCGGCGGCGGCGGACCCUACCCCCACCUCUCCAUGGGCGCCACGCCCGCCAACAGCACGGGGGCUCCCGGACAGCAGUGGCAGCAUCCCAGUUUACCAAAGUUCAACCCCACCGUCCCCCCUCCGGGAUACGAGACCAAGAAGGAGGAUCCGCACAAGGCCACCAUCGAGGGCGUGCUGCUGGUCAUCGUCAAGGAGCUGAAGGCCAUCAUGAAGAGGGACCUGAACCGGAAAAUGGUGGAAGUGGUGGCUUUCAGGGCCUUCGACGAGUGGUGGGACAAGAAGGAACGCUCUGCGAAGGCGACUUCGACACCUGUGAAGGGCGCGGAGGGAAAAGAAGAGGAAAGACCGAAGCCCAAGGAGACGAUGGGUUCGAGUCUGCUGGAGAACUGGAACAAGGGCGAAGGGCUGGGCUACGAGGGGAUGGGCCUGGGCAUCGGUCUGCGAGGCGCCAUCCGCUUACCCUCCUUCAAGGUGAAGAGGAAGGACCCCCCCGAAGCCGCCGCGGCUUGCGACAACAAACGCGCCCGACCCUCCACUCCGGUGGACGACGAACUGGAGGAUGAAGACCGAGAUCGAGACCCGGCCGAGAUCCCCGCCGACGACUCCAAAAUGGACGGCGACGGCACGGCGGCGAAGCGACGGCAUUCCCGGCCGCUGGAGCUGGACAGCGAGGGGGAGGAGGAGGUGGACACGUCGGGGAAGGAGGAAGAGUCACUGUCCGACAGGGAGGAGGAGCCCGAUGUGCUGCCGGCGGCAGACAGGUUGUCGUCGGGCAAGGGAAGUGGUGACGACAGUGACGGUGAGGAGGAGGGGAGUUCAUCCAGCGACAGCUCUUCCUCAGACUCGUCUGAUGAUGAAGCGGAAAGUUCGGCUUCCUACAAGGCCAGCUCGGACUCCUCGGCGGCGAGCUCCGACUCCUCCGAAUACGAGUCCAGUUCGGACGAGGACGAAAGGGACGAAAAGGACGUGGCGGCGGCGGAGGACGCCGAGGACGAAGGCAAGGCGGGGACCUCCUCUUCCUCUUCGUCCUCCUCGUCGUCGUCGUCAGGCGAGGAAGAGGCGGAGGAGGAGUCCAAACCGCCGAGCCCUCCUGCGCUGUCGGCCUCGGAGGUGAAGGAGGAGCUGAAGGGCAGGGAGCCCAAACACCGGCCCCCGAGUCCUGUGGAGGACACGGUGGAGGACAAGAGGCCGCCGUCGCCGAAGGGAGCUGCAGGUAAAGAGCGAGACGCCGUCGUGGACGCUGGAAUCCCCGCCGUGAAGUCAGAGCCUCCGGAGCAUGUAGCGAGCGUUCGGCCGCCCACUCCCACCGGUGCCCCGCCUAACAAUGACCAGGUGUCAAAAGCCAAAGGUAAAGCAGAGUCAGAGGGAGUCGCCUGCCCCGCCGGCCGCUUAGCUCCGCCCCUCCUAGACCCUAACGCUCCCGCCUCUAAAUCCGCCUCCUUAACCCACGCCCCUCUCCCUCCUCACCCGGCGCCGGAAGCUCGCUCCCUCCUCCACCCGCCUCCCGGCCCCUUGCCCGACUUCCCCCAGCGGGCCCGGCUCCCCACGGACGAGGACAUCCCCCGCACGCCGGGCCGGGACCUCAUGGAGCGCGCCCGGAGCCUGGGCAAGUCGCAGAGCACCGACACGGUGCCCAACACGCCCGGCAGCGACGCCCCGCUGACGGGCAGCAGCCUGCUGCUCAGCUCCCCGCACAUCCCCGGCAGUCCCUUCUCCUACCCCUCGCAGUCCCCCGUCCUCAGCGCCGGAGUUCCUCGCACCCCAGGAAGAGACUUAACCUUCACCCCCGUCUUCCCCGACCCCUCGGCGCUCACGCUUAACCGAAAGGUCUCCUCGGAGAGCCUUGACGAUAGGCCGGUGUUUAAGGAGCCUAGUCAGAUGCUGUCUACCGGCACAGAGCCGCCCGCCAGUUUCCCUGAAGAUCUGCCCACUGGUCUCUCUCUAGAAGUCCCCGUGCCGCCCGACGCCUCGCCGUCCAAGAAGAAGCCCGGACGACCCAAAGGCAAAAAGACCCCCGCCCUCUCGACGGCCGACGAGGCGUCCGAGCUCUCGUCCGACUCCGCCGCCCUGCCUCAGGAAGCGCAGCUCGGCGAUCUCUCCGUACAGGUGGCGUCCGCCAAGUCUCCGAAAGACCCCAGCCUGGACUUCCGGGAAGCGGAGGCGGAGCCGCAGACGGUGCUCCCCUCGGAGGACGGCUUCCUGUCCUACGACGACGAGAUGCCGGUGGCCGUCAAGCCCGCCCGCAGGGCGCGGCGGGGCUGGGAGGAGCUGCUGCUGGGCAGCCUGUCGCCCGUCACCACGCCGCCCCGGGCGUACUUCAGCCCGCGCUCCGAGUUCGAGGAGAUGACCAUCCUGUACGACAUCUGGAACGAAGGCAUCGACGAGGAGGACAUCCGGCUGCUGCAGAUCAAAUACGACAAGAUGCUGCAGCAGGACAACGGCAACGACUGGCUCAACGACACGCUCUGGGUCAACCACCCUCCGACCAACAUCCCUGGCGUGAAGAAAAAGCGGCGAGACGACGGCAUGAGGGAUCACGCGACCGGCUGCGCGCGGAGCGAAGGCUACUACAAGAUCGACAAGAAGGACAAGAUCAAGUAUCUGCAGAGCAACCGGGUGCAGUCGGAGGAGCCGCCCAUCGACACGCAGGGGAUGAGCAUCCCCGCGCAGGUCCAGGCCUCCACCAGGGCGGGGUCGGAGCGCCGCUCGGAGCAGAGGCGCCUGCUGUCCUCUUUCGCCUGCGACAGCGACCUGCUGAAGUUCAACCAGCUGAAGUUCCGUAAGAAGAAGAUCAGAUUCUGCAAAUCGCACAUCCACGACUGGGGCCUGUUCGCCAUGGAGCCCAUCGCCGCCGACGAAAUGGUGAUCGAGUACGUGGGACAGAACAUCAGACAGGUGAUCGCGGACAUGCGGGAGAAGCGCUACGAGGAGGAAGGAAUCGGCAGCAGCUACAUGUUCCGCGUCGACCACGACACCAUCAUAGACGCCACCAAGUGUGGCAACUUCGCCCGUUUCAUCAACCACAGCUGCAACCCUAACUGUUAUGCAAAGGUCAUCACAGUGGAGUCCCAGAAGAAGAUCGUGAUCUACUCCCGGCAGCCCAUCAACGUCAACGAGGAGAUCACCUACGACUACAAGUUCCCCAUCGAGGACGAGAAGAUCCCCUGCCUGUGCGGGGCCGAGAACUGCCGGGGAACGCUAAACUAACGUCCGCACGAGGUCAGAAGAGCGCGUGACCUCCGCCCUCUCAACUCUAGGCUUCCUCAGACUCGCUCGGACCGAGGAGGGAAGCCCCUCCCCACCCCAGGCGGAGGAGAGGGAAAACACGGCAAAUCACGUGCAAACGAGUUCAGCUACCUGUAUGGCUCACGUCAUGCGUCAAACUCUAGAUUGUUUACAAUUUAUGGUGCUCUAAGAAUUAAAAAAAAAAAAAAACUUAUAGUUUUUUUUUUUUUUUUUUUUUAAAUAAUGUGUGAAACACUUGACUUGCUGGUGCAGCAUUAUCCCUCCCAUCGCUCCACGUUUCAGUCAGUAUUUCAGCUCGGUUCCUUCCAGUCCCUCUGAGUGAAAGAUUUUUUUUUUUUUUUUUUUUUUUUAAUUCCCCCUUCGUUCAACUCAUCCGGUGAACGUCACUGAAACAAACCGGCGCAGAUCCACGGUUUCCUGCGAACAGGCCGAGGACGGGCGGCCGUCUCCCUCCAGCUGUGGGCGGGAGGACGCCGGAGACGGACGCGAACCUCGGCACCACUACCUCCUCUGCACCCGCUCCUCUGGGGCUGAAAGACGAAGCGAGUAAAAAAAAAAAAAAAGGAAGAAAUCAAACGACAUAAAUGGUUAAAUCCUGCCACAAAAUUUUGGAAUAUUACCUUGUUUUUACGUGCGUUGACUCGCCAACAAUGGAUCAUGCUGCUUCCUAUUGGUUUAUGCAAACAAAAAAAAAACACAAGUUCGAGAGGAUGUGCAACAUUUGUAUUAAUCAUAUUCCAGUGUUCUCCUGUUUGAAUUAGCGAGUUCUCUUCUUUGUGUGUGAGGAAAAGCGCAUCAGGCCCACUGAUGAGUGUUUUUAUGGUCCUGUCUUGAACAUCAUGUGAGUGUGACGCCCCCUGCAGGCUGCACAAAGCCAGUCCAUUUGUUAGAAUACGAGUUUGAUUUCAGUUUUCACCCCCAGAGUAAAACACUCGCCUCCUGUUUUCGAGUGCCAUAUCUUUGUUUCGACUGUGGACUGAGAGACAAUACUGCCUCUUCCAGGUGUUUUUUUUUUUUUUUUUGGAGAUGGUUAUGAUGUUUGGCGUCUUGUCUUUUGGUCCUCGGGGCGAGCGUCUUCUUUUGCUCUGUUCGACUUCAGCCUUUCCUCUCAUAUUUCCAGUGUUCAGUGUUUCUACAGAUCUCCUCAAAUCCAGGAGCGCUGCUCUUUUCUUUAUUAACACAGAAAAAAAAAAGUGUUGUGAAUGCACUUGAGGCUUGCACUUCUUCUACCUGAUGCCCUUUCCUUCGCCACUCCCUCCCUCCCAAGACCAAGUCAGUCAUCGCUUUUCAUUCAGUUGGAGUAAUAACAGAGUUUUUUUGUUUGUUUGUUUGUUUUGUUUUGUUUUUUUCCCCACCGGUGAUGUUCAUAUUGUAUAUGAUUACUUGUAUAGAAGAUCCGAAGCUUUUU